AUGAAUAAACUUAAUGACCACCACUAUCAACAACAACAAGGUGCUAGCAGUAGUUCAGAAAUUGAACAAUUACAUGAUCGUAUUAUAGAAUUAGGUAAAUCACGAUUGAACAGUGCUAAAGUUGAUUUAUUACAAAUCAAAGAGAAUUUAGAUCAACUUACAUAUAAAGGUAAUAGUAUUGAUGAACAACUUACAAAAUAUGAACAGAAAUGUGAUACAUUUAAACAAAUGUCAACAUUAGUGAAAAUUAGUAAAUUAGACGAUUUAAUGACUGAAGCGAAAUUAACUGAUAUAACAUUGAAAUGGAAUGAAUUAUUCAUGGAAUUAGAACGAUUUAAACAUGAUACAUUAGAUCCUUAUGAAGUGUUACAUAAUAAAGCUACUUUAAAACCAUCUAAAGAUUAUGUGGGUGAUUUUACAAAACGUUAUGAUAAAUGUUUAACUGAUGUAAAAGUUAAACUUGAAGAAAGUAAAUGCAUUGGAUUGAAAUUAGGUAAAUUGAAAGAAAAGAUAGAAGAGUUUAAUGGAUCUUUUGAAGCAGCCUAUAUAAAGUAUAAAAAGUUAUUAAGUCAGUUGAGAAUUGAAUUUAAUGAACAAUAUACUCAUUGUAAACUAAGUGAAAUAUGUUAUUCAAUACAAAAGGCGAUGCAGCAAUCAAUUGUCAAUUUAAAAGAAUUCAACUCAAAUAUCAUUGAAAAAUUACAAACUACUUAUAAAGAUAUUAGUAGUCAAGCUGUAGAAUGUGAAUUAGAAUUAGCUAUUGAGAACUCAUUGAUAUUUAGUCGAUUCAAUGCAUUGAAAUCUGAACUAACAGAUUAUAUACAUGAUCUUGAUGAAUUGAACAAUGAACUUAUCAGUUUGACCACAGAUCUGGUGAAUUAUGAACAAUGGUUUGAAAAUUUAGAGAAACAAUAUCAACAAACCAAAACAGAGUUUAAUACAACGGAAAAAUUGUUAUUUAGUCAAAGUACUAUCUAUCAAUCAAUUACAGUGUUAUCAAUGAGUGAAUUAGAAAAUGAAUCGAAUAAUAAUUCAACUAGUUUAGGACAACUUAAUCUGCAGCAUCAAAAAUCAUUGCAAACACUUCUUGAAUUACGAAAAACUUCCAUGGAAUAUAAUCCACCAUUUAGUCUCCUUUCAGAAAGGCUUUCAACACUUAUUAGACAAAUAAUCAGUACACAUAAGUCGGUUUUGAAAAUGCACACUGAUAUACAAUCAGAUCGUCAAAUUGGAAGCAAUCGUAGCAUUGAUAUAAUUGAUCAAAAUUGUCACAAUGUUAAAGAGUCAUAUCAACAUUUAAUAAAUCUUAUUAAUCAAGACGCCAAUACACUACAAAUCAAAUCAACUUAUUUAACUCGAUUAAUACAAUCAAACAAAGAUUUAGAUAUAUGGAUAAAAGAAUUUUUACAAUUAAUCAAUCAAAUGAAACAAGAACCAAGUGAUCAUCAAAAUCGAAAAUUCUAUUUAUGCAAACAGAAUGAUGGUAGAACAGAUCAAAUUCAAUUAAAAUUGGAUAUUGGUAAAACUUAUAUUCAACCAAUCCAUGAAUGGGUGGAACAAUUAAAACAAAAUCAAGAAAUCGUGAAUAAACCAAUGAAUGAUUUAUUAAAUCAACAAAUUAAACGUUCCAAUCAAAUUUAUCAAUAUGCAAUGAAACUGACUGAAUUAAUGAAACAUGAACAGAAUCAACAUAAAGAAUUGAUGAAAAAUGUUGAAUUAGAAUUUCAUUCUAUUGAACAAUGGUUUAAACAAUGGCAAGAGAAAUAUGCCUUGAUGAAAUUGAAAAUCACUAAAUUAUUGACAAAACAAACUGGUUUAGAUGAUUUUAACAAAAUUGACAUGGAUAUUGAUCAGUGUAUUGAUAGUUUAACUGAAUUACACAAAGAAUUAACCACGAAACAAACUCUGCUGUCAAUGACUUAUGAAAAUGAUUUAAAUGCGACAGCGGAAUUCAAUCAUCAAUCGGCUCAAUUGAAAUUAUUAUUUCAAGAAUUUAAAGAAAAUACAUGUUGUAUUGAACAAAAUAUGAUUUGUUUAAAAUGUGUAAAAGUUAAAUUCAAAGAAUUGUGUAUUUAUUUGAAAAAAGCUAAACAAUGGACUGGAGAAAUUUCGGAACAAUUACCUAGAAUACGAGAUGGAAAGAGUCCAAUCAGAAUUUCACCUUAUCCACCAUCUAGAAAUGAAACAAAUAAACCAGGAUAUUGGAAAACAACAACUUAUCCAACUGAUAUCAUGCAUGCCACAACAAUCACAACACCAACUGGCAAAACAAUUUCCCUAAGACAAUCCAUCAAUAAUGAAUUUCGAUCACCUACACCAUCAUCAUACACAGUGACUACUCAUUUAUUACAACAAUCACGUUUUAAAAUGGAUGCAUUAAGUAAUUUCAUUGAAGAAAUCACUAAAUCUGCAUCAAUCACAGCAAAAGAUGUCAAUAAUCUCUUGGAUGAAUUAGAAGCUAAUCUUUCAGAAUUACGUAUUGAUUGUACAAUGAUUACAACAGAAAUUGAACAAAUUCAAGGUCAAGUAGAACAAAUUCUAUUACGCGCCAUUGAUGAGAAACAAAAUUUAGACAUUUUAAUUAAUCAAUUAAAUCAAUUAGAGGAUACAUUGAAUCAAUGUAAACAAUGGUUAAUGAUAAAUUUAACACAGAUGAAAAAAUUCACUCAACAAAUCAUUGUGGGCAUGAAUGAUUUAACAUUGAUGAAUAAUAAUCAGACGGUUGGUGAGAAAAUCGAUCAAUUAUUGAUCGAUAUUUAUUGUCCACUUGAUGGAAUUAUACAAAAUUAUCAGGUAUUUCAAAGUGAAUUAAUGUCACAAAAAUCAGAAUUAAUUCAAUUGAAUAGUUUAUGUGAAUCGAUUCAAGAAAAAACGAAUGAUUCCGGUGUAAGAAAUGCUUUAAAUCAAUUGUUAGUUCAAUAUCAUAGUUUAAUUAAAAGUUGUGAGGAUGUUUUAUCCAAACUUCAACUUGUUUUCAUGGAAAAUAGAGAAUUCCAAGUGUUAUGUAACAAUAUUAGAAAUUUCCUUAAUACUUUAACAACUGAACUAAAAAGUAUCAAUACAAAUGAUCAAGAUUCAAAUUUAUCUGGAAAUCAUUUAAACACAAUCGCGAGUAUACGUGAAAAAUUACGUUCAUCUCAACCGAAACUUUUAGAGCUUAGCGACAGAGCAGAUCGAAUUUGUCGAGCUUCAUCAACUGCAGCGUUAACAAUCAACCAAAUGUUUGUAACACAUGCUAGUCUAUUGGAUAGUACAGAUUCAAUUAAUUCACCUGUAUUUCUAGGCUACAAUCAACAUCAUCAGCAUCAACAACUUUCAACAAAUCGAUUUGGAAUAGACAAUUUACAAACAGAAACUGUUGGAUCUAGAGCUAAACGACAAUUGAAUGAAUUUAGAAAAGAAUUUAGUGAAAUUAGUCAACAAAUAACAGAGUAUCAAGAAAAAUUAAAUCAUUUAGUCAAUGAACAGAAAAAUUUAUCUGAACUAUCGAAUGAUUUACGUAGUUGGAUGGAGAAAACUGAGAAAAAGUUAAAUAUUCUAGAAGCAGGUAAAUUAAUGAAUUCAAAUAUAGAGGAGAGUGAACAAAAUAUCAAACCAUUAAUGCAUGGAUCUAUGAAAUUCAAUGAAAACAAUUGGAAUUCUUAUAUUCAACAAGUAACGGCUUUAAAUAAAGAACUUAAUGAAUAUUCACAGAAAAAUGAACAAAUUUGUGAAACUUUGUCAAAUACUACAAAGCCAAAUGGUCAAACAAAUAAAUUGAAUCAACUCACAGGAAGAUUUACUGAAAUGAAAGAAAGAAUUCAGCAAUUUGUCAGCUGGAUCAAUACUAUUCAACAGAACUAUACAACUUUUCGUGAAUCAGCACAAACUACUGAACGAUGGAUGAGUAGUAUAAAUUUUCGUCUUAUGUCAGCUGGUCAUAAUCAUACUAAUACUACUAAUAAUAAUAAUAAUAAUCUAACAGGAAAUUUAACUGCUUAUCAAGAUUCCACUACACAAAUUGAUCAAUUAUUGAAAGAAAUCGAUAAAGAAGGCAAAAAUCUUUUAGAGAACACUCACCACUUAGUUCAUUUACUGAUACAUAUUAUCACUAAAGAUCAAUUGACAAUGUCGAAAACGAAACGGAUUUGUGAAUCUGCUACAUGUUCCUAUCGUGAAAUUCCUAUGGAUCAUAGUAUAAUUGAUAAUUGGAAAUAUUUAGUGAAUAGUUCAAAUGAAGAAAAAUUAUUCGAUAAAAUUGUAUUGGAUAGUUUAGAAAGAAAUAAAGAAAUUCAAAUUAAUUACAUGAAUAUACAUUCGAAUGCCCAAUCGAUUAAGAAUCGACUAGAUGAUCAACUGAAUCGUUUCAAAGCUUACAUUGAUACAUUGAAUUCCACAGCUACAUUUAUAUUAAAUGAUUUACAGUCUUGGUGGAAACGAUUAAGUGUGAUCAGUCAAUCGUCAGCAGCAGUAGCUGCUGUAACAGGAUUAACAACAAUCACUAAUCCACUCAUUUCAACAUCAGAUCCAAUCUCUUCAAAUGUUACAGGAUAUACAAGUUAUCCAAAUAAAAGUUUUAUCAAUUAUCAAAUAGAUCGUUUAAAACAAUUGACAAUUGAAAAACCUCCAACAAAAGCCGUUAGUUUAGAAGAUGUUGGUCAUCAAUUAGCUAUGACAUUAGCUAUGCAAUCACAAUUGAUAACAAUGAAAAGAGAAUUAUCUACACUUGCAUAUAAAUGUGGAAUGUCCUCAAUGGACAUUGAAUAUAUUUCACAAGAAGCUGAUAAAAGCAUGAUGGAUGAUAAUAAAGGCAAUAGUUCAGAUCAAAAUUUAUUGAAAUUAUUGGCCAGGCAUGUACAAAAUGCAAUCGAAAUAGAAAAUAGAAAGCUUGAAUGUCAUAUUGAACAAUUACGUGAAUUACGAAUAAAAUGGGAGAAUUAUGUUAAAGAACGUGAUACAUUUGGUCGUUGGUUAUCUGAACGUCAAACAGCUUGUCAUCAUUUGUUGGAAUUGAGAUCAAAAUCAACACAACCCGAAGAUGAAGAGAGUAGAGCACUUGAAUUUAUACAAAAAUUUCCAACUAUUUAUCAGGAUUUUCUGCAUAGUUUAGAAGAGAAACAAUAUCAAAUCAAUGAAUUGACAAAAAUGCAUCAAGAACUUGUUCAACAUAAUACACAAAUCAUUGAUCCACUAUUAGAUAGAUUAAGCACAGAAUUUAAAAAUCUACUCAACCAAACAACAUCAAGAAUACGUCGAGUGGAGAAAGCAAAGAAUGAGCGGAAAAGUGUUGAGGAAUCACAUUCUGAAUAUCGUGGUAAAAUACCAAUUUUACCAGAGAAAGCAGAAGCACUUGUUCAUAGUUCAGCUAAAACAUUGAAACAUACAAAAUUACUUCAUGAAUUAGCUAAAUCGGUGAAUCAAUUGAAAAAUGAAGUGAUCACUGGUGAAGUGGAUGCACAAAGAAAUUACUUGAUCGAUCAAAGAUAUUAUUCGGUUCCUUCAAAUACACCGAUUCCUUCAAUCAACAUUGUACAACAAACAAUGCCAGCAGAAUCAAUUCGAAAAAAUCUACCGCCACUUUAUCAUUAUCAUAAUUAUUAUUAUAAUUAUCCAGAAAUUCAAUUAACUAACCCUAAUCAGUCAACUAGCAUGAAUCGAUUGCAAAAAGUUUCACUUGAUGAUUUACCUAAUUGGUGUAUAGAUGAUGUGAAAAAUCCGCCAUAUCGAUAUGAUAAUUUUAAACAAACCGCUGGUUUUUCAUCAUCAGCAUCAGCAUCAGCAUCAUCAUUAUCUCAUCAGUUUAAACAUGAUCUAGUUCAAUCGAAUACAACUAAAUCUUGUACAUAUUCACAAAGAAAAGAUGGAUCACUUCAUGAAAAAAAACGAUCAAAUACACCAGUCUAUUCAUCAUCAUCAUUAUCAACAUCAUACAAAAGUUCCAUACCGAAACCAGAUGUUUUCAUGAAAUCUCGUAGUCCUAAAAAAGCCAAUUCAUCACCAACGUCUCGUGAAAGUAGGCCAACAUCAAAAAGUAUGAAUAUACCAUAUGAUACUAGAAAAAGAAUCAUCAGUCGAACAGAAUCACCAAUUAUUAAAUCUAGACAAAUGACAACUUCUUCUACCAGUUUAAAUCAUCAUAAUAUUCCAAUGUUACGAACUAAAAGUGUUGCAAAAUAA